CAGCGCGCGGAGAGAGCGCGAAAGAGAGAGCGAUAAGAGGAUUCCGCUAAUACGUCACCUUUUCGUCAAAGCGGCAAGAUGUCGACCGCGCGCGUCGAGGAGGGGGCGGCAGCGGCAGCAGCUGCGCGUGAGGUUGUCGUGUCGCAGAUGUUGUGAGACGACGAGAUGUUGGUUGAAAAUUGCAACCGCACGCGCUCGUUGCGGCACGAGAGGGGCGGGGCCACAACAGCGCGCGUCCUGAGGAGAGGAGCGCGAGCGGAGCGAUGGAGGAGACGCGUUUGUCCCCCCGGUGAAAGUUAGACGUGUGAACUGUCAUCGUUGUAGUUAAUUGGACCGGUGAUACCGGGUUACACUGACGUCACUCUUCUCGUUAAGUUAGUCACGUGUUACCCUCCAUUCACCUGGAGGAGGAGCCUUCGUCAGUGUGCAUAUACUACAAUAUUAUGUGCUGUGCAAAUGAUGCAUUUAAAACGGUUCCUUUAUUUUAGGGCCAUUAAUUAACAGAUUCAUCUAAUUCUUUUUUUUUUUAAACACCGGAUGGUGGCUAAUCUCUUUUACUGCAAAAAUCGACAAAUUCCAUUUAUUUUAAAUAUAUUGUCACGAUUCGCCACCCAACACUUUAAUUGUUUGUUUUGUAUGUGUAAUGCAACAUGUCUUACUAUCACAUCCAUUGUGGUCAUCACUCAACUUGAUAUAAUAACUGAUUGAUCUACUCGUACAACUACUUCAUUUAAUAAUGUUGGGAUGUCUUUGAAUUAUGCUAUAAUAACAACAACAAUAUUAACACUAAGAGAUAAUAUAAUAUCCAGAUAAGACUUUGAGAAGGGAAUCAACAUGUCAGAUCACUGGUGGAAUUUCUUUAGGUUAAUCCAAAAGUCUAAAGUUCACCGCCUGUUAUUAAUAAAUCACCUAGUAGACAGAGGGCACUUCAGUGUAUCCUCUUUUUCACACACAUGAAUCUGACAGCAGAGAGCCACAGAAUCCCUCUCAGUGACGGGAACCAUAUUCCGCUGCUGGGAUUGGGCACCUAUGGGGACCCUCGAACGACACCCAAAGGCACAGCCCUGGAGUGUGUCAAGCUGGCCAUAGAUGUGGGGUACAGGCACUUUGACGGGGCGUUGGUGUAUUUCAAUGAGCACGAAGUGGGUCAAGCCAUUCGGGAGAAGAUUGCCGAUGGAACCGUUCGAAGAGAGGACAUCUUUUACUGCGGGAAGCUCUGGAAUACCUUUCAUCCGCCAGAGUUGGUGCGUCCGGCCUUGGAGAAGACGCUGAAAGCCUUGCAACUGGACUAUGUGGAUCUCUACGUCGUCGAGCUCCCCAUGGCCUUCAAGCCUGGAGAUGGAUUCUAUCCAAAAGACCAGGAUGGAAACUACAUCUACCAUCACACAGACCUCUGUGCAACGUGGGAGGCUUUGGAGGCGUGCAAAGACGCAGGGCUGGUGAAGUCUCUGGGAGUCUCCAACUUCAACCGCAGACAGCUGGAGCUGCUGCUGAACAAACCCGGCCUCAAACACAAGCCUGUGUCCAACCAGGUUGAAUGCCAUCCAUAUUUCACACAACCCAAGCUUCUGGAGUUCUGUCGUCAGAAAGACAUUGUGAUCGUUGGCUACUGCCCGAUUGGCUCCUCCAGAGACGCAUCCUGGGUGAAUGUGAAAUGUCCUCCCAUGCUGGAAGACGAGCUGCUUGUGUCUCUUGGGAAAAAGCACAACAAGAGUCCGGCUCAGGUGGCGCUGCGCUUCAACGUCCAGAGAGGAGUCGCCGUGAUCCCCAAGAGCUUCAGCCCCGAGAGGAUCGAGCACAACUUCCAGAUAUUUGAUUUUUGCCUCACGGAGGAGGAAAUGAGGGCCAUCGAGGCCCUGAACAAAGACAUCCGCUUCGUGGAGCUGCUGAUGUGGAGUGACCAUCCAGAGUACCCGUUUCAUGAAGAAUAUUAAUGUUUUGACUCUAUAGAGACCAACAGAGGACCCAUUUCAUGAAGAUUAUUAAUGUUUUGACUGGAGUGACCAUCCAGACUGUCCAUUUCAUGAAGAAUAUUUAUGUUUUGACUCUUUAGUGACAAACAGAGGACCCAUUUCAUGAAGAAUAUUAAUGUUUUGACUCUUAAUGACCAACAAGAGUAGAGUACCCAUGUCAUGUUUUGACUUUUUUUUAGCAUCUUUAUUUAACCAAAUGAAGUUUACACUGGCACAUGUUGUGAGUGAACACUAGAGGGCUCUAGCUCACAGUAAAUCAGUGGUCACCAACCUUUUUGAGCCCAAGAUCCCUGACCUUCGCCUUCAUGACCGGCAAGAUCUACCUAUUGAGGCUUGAGAGAAAACGACGGUCCAGACUGGACUUACAACUUUUUAUUUGGCCUAAUUGUCAUUUGGUUUCAGCGUUCAAAUUGAUGGGACCAGGAACACAGAAUUUAAGUGUAAUAUAACAAGUAAGAUAUGUGUUAACCGCACACAAUAUGAACAAGAAAAAACACAUUUGCAAUGAGCAGCUGGAUGAACUACCAAUAUAAAUGUUGUAUUAUUUACAUUUCGUUGCCUCUGUACCUGUACUCUAGCAAUGACAGUAAAUUUAAUCCAAUCCAGUUACAGCACAACACUGACAACAUGAUCAGUCAGUGCAACUCAUGUAAGUUCAGCUCUCAUCAUAAUGCCAUCAAUCCAUGUGACUCAAGUCAGUGUGAUGCUGUGACUGAACUCUGUCUGUGAGCUUGUAGUUAGUUCAUAAUCACAGACAGCCAGUCUGAGGCCGUCUGUCAGCUGUGUCAGUAAUCCAGCUCCUGGUCUUUGAUUUGGUGAUUUUCUCAACUCCACUGACGAGUUUUUCGGGGCAAAUUUGGUAUUCAUGGAAGUUUUCUCAUCUGGGAUUGAUUCUGAACUCAGACCGUUGGUGAUUACAUUCACAUCAACUCAACAGACAUCCUCAGAUUUAAAUAAUUAUCAUAAUAAUAAAUGAGGAUCACCAUUUGUGACUCCUGCAUCUGUCCCUUUUCAAAUAAUAGAAUAAAUGCAAUUGCAAGCACUUUCAAGUAAACCAGAUUGCUCUAUCAGACAAGAAAAAAAAGCUCAAUGUUGAGCUUUUGUUUUGAAGGACAACAGCAGAAAAGCUGAACUCACGGAGGUAAGACCUGGCAAGUCGCCAAGAAUCUCGGCUGUCGCGCAGGCGUAACCUGUUAAUGCCGUAUCGUAAACAUGUACACGAAGGUACAGGCAUUUCAACAUUUAUUUAUUGAUGACUUAGUUUUAUGUCGGUGUACUUUGAGCUUGUGUAAUAUGUGAAGUUAUCAAUAAAGGUCUUUCUGCAUUUCCCCUGCGCCCCACCUGUAGUGGUACGUUCCCCUCUUUCAGGGAGCACAGCUGACAACACGGCUGUGUAAGCGAACCCGUUUUCAGGCGUUCAUGAAUCAGGCGGAGAUGUUUUCUGACGUCAAUCUUCCAGUCAGAAAGAAAACAUUUCAGAAGACACUUCAGAAAAUGUUCGAAAACAAGGAACAAUGUGUUUCUGAAUUUAUUUUCAUUUUAUUUUGGAGAUCGACAGGGAACGUCUCCGAGAUCGACCGGUCGAUCGCGAUCGACGGGUUGGCGACCACUGCAGUAAAUGAACUACAACAUCAAUGUGUUUAAGGCUAAAUGAUAAAUUAUGACAAAGUGGUUCAGUGGUUGCAUGUGAGGCUUAUGUACUAUCCAACGAGAGGCCAUUGAUGCCACUGCUGCUAUGAAUAAAGUUUUGCUUGAAAAUUCGCGCAACCUCGUGUGGAGAAAUCCAUGUGCAUAGUUAUACAGAUAUUCAGGUCCUAGUGGCCACGUGAUCAGCAUCAGGGAAACUUAAAAACAACCAAAGUCCUGUUCUUAACUAGUAGUUACUGUAUGUAAGUAACACAUCUGAAAACAAUUAUUUAAGGGGAACAUUUUGGUUUUGGAGGAUCUCGAUAAUAAAAGAGAGAUGAGGUUCAGCAUCUUCGCUGUAACUGCAAAUGUGCA